AUGGAUAGUACUCAAUAUGAGUACUUGAGACUCAAUAAGUACCUUCUAUUUACGAUCGGCAUCUGGCCGUAUCAAACUACUCUGCAAAGGAGUUUGGUUGCAAUCGUUUUCAUUCCCAUCAUUGUUACUCAAGUGAUCCUACAGGGUGGCGGAAUGGUGGCUGCCAUAACUGCCAACGACAUAGACUCGCUACUGGAAGGUUUCGCGCCUUUUAUGAUCAGUUUGAUGUGCCUCGCAAAGUAUAUCAAUUUCUUUUACAAUUUCAAACAGAUGAGACGAUUGCUGGACAUAAUGCGAGAAGACUGGGAAAUUUAUAAAAAACUGAGAAACGAGUACGAUCUUCUUUGCGAACAAUACGCGAUAGGAAAGAAAAUUACUAUCAGUUUUGUAGCUUUCUUAUGCGGAUUAAUAACACCGUUUGCGGCGAUGCCAUUGCUGCUGAAUGCAGCUGACGCUUUAGGACUCUGCAAUAUAUCCGACGACCGACCGUUGGCGUUUCGUGUUGAACAUUUCGUCGACGUGGACAAAUACUACUUUCCUCUUUUGGUGCACUCGUACAUUGGCACUUUAGCGUACACCGCAAUUGUUUUGGCUAUCAACUCGAUAAUAGCUGUCUACGUUCUACACGAGUGCGGACUUUGCGAAGUUUUGAGAUUCAAGCUAGAAAACUUCGUGGAAAGCGACGUGAUGGACGUGAAACUACAUGCCAAUGAACGCGAUGAUAAAUGGUAUCAAAAUGCCAAGGACUGCGUAAUACUGCACGAACACAUAAUCGAAUUCGCUAAUAUACUCGAGGACGCAAAUACAACGUCUUACUUGCUUCAGAUAGGAUUCAGCAUGAUUUGCGUAAGCUUCACACAGUUCCAGGCGGUAAUAAACAUACAAGAAAACGCAGCCUUGGCUUUUAGAUAUAUCUCGGUGACGAUUUCCUUGCUAUGCGAUCUUCUGUUCGUAAGCUGGCCAGGACAACAGCUGUCGGACUCCACCGAACGUAUAUUCGAAUUUACAACAAACGGCAAAUGGUAUCUAUCGUCGAUUAAUUGCAGGAAGCUUUUAAUGAUGAUGCUAUCAAAAAGCAUAACGCCUCUGAAAUUAACAGCCUACAAAUUCUACACUUUAAAUUUAGAGAGUUUCAGUGCGGUUGCACGAACAUCAUUUUCUUAUACCAUGGUUUUAUGCUCCGUUCAAUAAUUAUCAACCAAUGAACGAUGAUUAUUGACGAUUUGCAAAGAAGAAAGAGAGUUUAUAAGAACAAUGUAAGCGUCUGUUGCCA